AUGCGUACCAAGGUAAUCGUGCCCUUUACUGCACAUAUGCUUCCUGGUAAUUCCUUCACACUGCGCCUGCGCCAAGACUGGCGCAGGCGCAGUUCGGUGCUGCUGCCCGGGCGGCGCAUGCGCAGUUCGGUGCUGGCAGUCGGUGCGCGGAGCCGCGGCCGCCGGGGGCCGGUGCCCGUGCCCGGUGCCGCCCCUGCCCCUGCCGCCCCCAGCAUGGCGGACCCCGCCCCCGCCCGCAGCCUGGACGACAUCGACCUCUCCGCCCUGCGGGACCCUGCUGGGAUUUUCGAGUUGGUAGAAGUCGUCGGCAAUGGGACCUACGGGCAGGUCUAUAAGGGCCGCCAUGUCAAGACAGGGCAGCUGGCAGCCAUCAAGGUCAUGGAUGUUACUGAGGACGAGGAAGAAGAGAUCAAGCAGGAGAUCAACAUGCUGAAGAAGUACUCGCACCACCGCAACAUUGCCACCUACUAUGGGGCCUUUGUCAAGAAGAGCCCCCCAGGGCAUGAUGACCAGCUCUGGCUGGUGAUGGAGUUCUGCGGCGCUGGAUCUGUGACUGACCUGGUGAAGGGCUCCAAGGGCCACGCGCUGCGUGAGGACGUCAUCGCCUAUGUCUGCCGCGAGAUCCUGCGGGGCUUGGCCCAUCUGCACGCGCACAAGGUGAUUCAUCGUGACAUCAAGGGGCAAAAUGUGCUGCUCACCGAAAACGCUGAGGUCAAGCUGGUUGACUUCGGGGUCAGUGCACAGCUGGAUCGCACAGUGGGCCGGCGCAACACCUUCAUUGGCACGCCCUAUUGGAUGGCGCCCGAGGUUAUUGCCUGUGACGACGACCCCCAUGCCACCUACGACUGCCGGAGUGACAUCUGGUCCCUGGGCAUCACUGCCAUUGAGAUGGCUGAGGGAGCCCCCCCACUGUGUGAUAUGCACCCCAUGCGCGCCCUGUUCCUCAUCCCACGGAACCCCCCCCCACGCCUCAAGUCCAAGAAGUGGUCGAAGAAGUUCCUGGACUUUGUGGAGACCUGCCUGACCAAGGCCUACACAAGCCGCCCAGGCACCGAGCAGCUGCUGCAGGCACCAUUCAUCCGGGACCAGCCCCCUGAGCGCCAGGUCCGCAUCCAGCUGCGGGACCACCUGGACCGCGCCCGGCGGCGCCGCGGGGAGAAGGAUGAGACGGAGUACGAGUAUAGCGGCAGUGAGGAGGAGGAUGAUGGCCACGGCGAGGAAGGGGAGCCCAGCUCGCUGAUGAAUGUCCCUGGGGAGUCGACCCUGCGCCGUGAGUUUCUGCGCUUACAGCAGGAGCACAAGGGGGGCGUAGGGCCCGGGCCUGGUCCUGCUCCCGUGGCCCCGCCCCCACCGGGUCCUGCCCAUGACCCCGAGGCCCAUGUCCAGCGACUCCUGCUGGAGCGGCAGCGACGCCUGGGUCAGCAGCGUGAGGAACGACGGCGCCUUGAGGAGCAGCAGCGCCGGGAGCGGGAGCAGCGGAAGCUGCAGGAGAAGGAGGCACGCCGCCGGGAGGGGGAGCGGCGCCAGGCUGAGCGCCAGCAGGAGUUCAUUCGGCACCGGCUAGAGGAGGAGCAGCGCCAGCUCGAGGUCCUCCAGCAACAGCUGCUGCAGGAGCAGGCCCUGCUGCUGGAGUACAAGCGGAAGCAGGUGGAGGAGCAGCGCCAGGCAGAGCGGCUCCAGCGCCAGCUUCAGCAGGAGCACGCCUUCCUUAGCGCCCUGCAGCGCCAGCACCAGCAGGGGGCGCCACCUGCUUCAGCCCGCCCUGGCCAGGGGGAUGAGCGGGCGCGGCUGAGCAAGCAGAGCUCCCCUGUGGCGCCAGCAGGGGCGGGGUCCAUGCCUGAGGCCCCCCUUCCCCCUGGCCUCACCCCUGCUGCCCAGACUCCCCCCAUGCAGCGCCCGGUUGAGCCCCAGGAGGGGCAGCACAAGAGCCAUGUGGCGCACCGCGUACCGCUGAAGCCGUAUGGGGCACCGGUGCCACGGUCCCAAUCCCUGCAGGAGCCACCAGCCCGGGUGGGAGGGGGGGGCUUCCCUGCUGCCCCCCCUGCCCCAGCCCCACCCCGUGCCCCCCUGGCCCGCCAGAGCUCGGACCCCACUGCUCCCCCGGACACCCCACCCAAGGUACCACAACGAACUUCAUCCAUCGCCACCGCCCUCAAUGCUGGCAGUGCUGGGGCCAGUGCCCGCCCCACCCAUGCCAUCCGCGCCAGCAACCCCGACCUGCGCCACAGUGACCCUGGGUGGGAGCGGACGGACGACGGGCACCUGCCCCAGGCUGGGUCCCUGGAGCGCAGCCGCGGCAGAGCCCCGCCACCACCGCGGCCCCCUGGCUCCCCUGUCCUGGCACCUGGUACUCCCCCGAAAGCUGAGGACCCGCGCUCCCGCCCUGGACGGCCUGCUAGCUACAAACGAGCCAUUGGCGAGGCGGCAGUGGCGGCGCUGCGGGAGCGCCCGGAGGAGGCGCCACGGCCCCCCCAGAAGGCAACAGAUUAUUCAUCCUCCAGCGAUGAACCCGGCUCCAGCGACGAAAGUGAUGGCGACAGCCCCACUGCACCCCCUGCCAGGGACGGGGACACAGACAGCGUGAGCACCAUGGUGGUCCAUGACGAGGCACCUGGCCCCCAUGGACACUUCGGGGGUGAAGGGACCCUGCCCCGGCCACGGAGCCCAGAAGCGGAGCGUGGUGCCCGCCGAGUCCCUGACGCCAAUGGCUUUCCCCCCCUACCCGAUGUGGUGCAGCCCAGUGAGGGGCCCCCCCGCGCCGACCCCCCCGGUGACUCUGGCCCUGAUUACCAGUCACGUGGGCUGGUGAAGGCCCCUGGGAAGGCCUCGUUCACCACCUUCGUGGACCCGGGGCUCUACCAGGCAGGGGGGGACCCCCUACCCCUCACUGGACCAGGCCGAGCAUGGCCAGGGGUCGAGAGCCGCAAGGGCUCGGUGGUGAAUGUGAACCCAGCCCCCCCACGGCCCCCCAGCGACGCGCCCGAGAUCCGCAAGUACAAGAAGCGUUUCGGCUCUGAGAUCCUCUGUGCCGCCCUCUGGGGUGUGAACCUGCUGGUGGGCACGGAGCAAGGGCUGCUGCUGCUGGACCGCAGCGGGCGCGGGCGUGUCUAUGGCCUGGUCAGUCGGCGCCGCUUCCAGCAGAUAGAUGUGCUCGAGGGCCUCAACCUGCUCACCACCAUCUCUGGGAAGCGCAACAAGCUGCGCGUGUACUACCUGUCUUGGCUGCGCAACAAGGUGCUGCGCAAUGACCCUGAGGUGGAGAAGAAACAGGGCUGGGCCCCCGUUGGCGACCUUGAGGGCUGCACCCACUACCGCCUGGUGAAGUACGAGCGCAUCAAGUUCCUGGUGAUUGCACUAAAGAGCUCAGUGGAGGUCUACGCCUGGGCCCCGCGGCCCUACCACAAAUUCAUGGCCUUCAAGUCGUUUGCGGACCUGCCGCACCGCCCGCUGCUGGUGGAGCUGACAGUGGAGGAGGGGCAGCGCCUCAAGGUGGUCUACGGCUCCAGCACCGGCUUCCACGCCAUCGAUGUGGACUCGGGCAACACGUAUGACAUCUACGUGCCCGUGCACAUCCCGGGCCCAGUGACACCACAUGCUAUCGUGUUCCUGCCCGACACCGGUGGCCUGGAGAUGCUGCUGUGCUAUGAGGAUGAGGGUGUCUAUGUCAGCACCCAUGGGCGUAUCACCAAGGACGUUGUGCUGCAGUGGGGGGAGACGCCCAGCUCCGUUGCGUACAUCUGCUCCAACCAGAUCAUGGGCUGGGGGGAGAAGGCCAUUGAGAUCCGUGCUGUUGACACGGGACGCCUGGACGGCGUCUUCAUGCACAAGCGGGCGCAGCGUCUCAAGUUCCUCUGCGAGCGCAAUGACAAGGUGUUCUUUGCCUCAGUGCGCUCGGGCGGCAGCAGCCAGGUUUACUUCAUGACCCUCAACAGGAACUGCAUCAUGAAUUGGUGAGGUCCCGCCCCUGGCCUUGGAAGGGGCGGGGCUUUGCUGCCAGACUCCACCUCCCUGGACCAGAGGCCUUUCCUGCUGCUGCUUUGAAUGGGGAAGGGUGUCUCUAAGGCAACUGGUGUGACUGACAGCUGGGGGACCCCCCCUCUUAUAGCCCCGCCCCCAGGGGGCAUUCUACUUGAUUGCUGCCCCCCAGAACCAGCUGCAUUUUGGGGUCCCUGCGUGGCUAGUGCCCCCCAGCUGGAGGGGGCAGGGGGGACCCUGGCGUUGUCUCUGCUUUGCUUAAUUACCCCCAGAGCCAUUAAUUACCUCCCCAGUGCAGCCUGGGGUGAAUGUUGGGGCUAGCUCCCCUCCCCCAAGUCUGUAUAUUUUGCUCUAAUUAAUCCUAUUUUGUUAAUUCCUUAAUGAAGCACUUUAAUGCCCCCCCCCUCUGAAGGGGGGGUCCCCUGCUUGGUGUGGGGGUUGGGGCCAGCCUGGAGGGGGUGGGGCUAGCAGAGGCUCCACCCCCUUUGGGGGGGCUGAUGGCUGCUGCACUGCAAGGGUUAACACUAGGGGGGGCUGGGCUGGCCCUGGGGCUGGUGGGGCGGGGAGGGUCUGGCUCCCCCCCCCCCCCCCCCCCCCCCCCCCUUGUUGUGGCCUUGAGAUUUCAUCUGUUAAUAAAAAAAAUAAAAGAUCCAAAAUUGA